AUGAACGAUAAUUCAACGGCUGCUGUUAAAAUCUCUUCGAACCAAACGACACACAAUUCCGGUGAGUCGUAUGAUGAGCAACUAUUGAAACGGAGCAAGAAUGUGAAUUUCGAUGUGGAAGCUUGGUACAAAAUCAUUAAAAGCGAAACAUUUCAUACGAAACUUCUUCCAGUAUCUCCAUCAUUAGCUCAAGCUUUCGUUAACUUCUAUCAAACACGUUUCAUGUUGAAAACUUCCUUAACUCUGCACGAUGUUGAACUUAUCCAGUCAAUGCGACAUCAAUUGAAAGAACAGAUUUUCAAUUCGAAUCAUACUUCUUUCAUUCGUCUAAGCGCUCGAAGUCCGAAAGAUGGGAAACCUCUCGACUCUGGAAAGAUCGGUGAAUUUUAUCAGGAAAAAUUAAGUGAAUUACAAGCGAAAUAUCCGAAUGAAUAUCAAACAACCAAAGGCAAAGCAAAUAUCCAAACUAUUGCACUUUACUAUGCGCAGUUUCAUUCGUUGAAAGUAACUAAUGAAGACCAAGCAUUGAAUUUGAUUUUUACCAGCGAACGCAUUUACCACGAUCUGAUCGAAAUACUCGAUUGUCACGAAGUGAAGGAAAACCAGGUCGAAAAUGUGAACCAUACGAAAGUAUUCGAUUGGGAUAAUCAUCUGAUUAUCCGACAGUGGAACGAUGAUUUAGAUCCUUCCAUGGAAUUUCGCUGCUUUGUUCAUCAAUCAAAUCUGACGGCAAUUUCGCAAUAUAAUUAUCUUUGUAAACAGUAUCAUUUACAAGAUGAGAACACUGUCAAAUGUAUAAAAGCGACAAUUGAAAAUUAUUGGAGAACUAGAAUUCAGCCACUUUUUGAUCCAUAUUCUGAUCAGUAUUCGAACUAUGUCAUCGAUAUUGGACUGAUUGAGAAUAAAACAACCAAGCAGUACGAUUGUAUUGUGAUUGAAUUGAAUCCAUUUGAAAGAACCACGCAUCCAAGUUUAUUCGAUUGGAUCAAAGAUGCUGAUCAAUUGAGAGGAGAAACAAAUCAGCUGGAAAUGCGUGUACAAACAGAUUAUUAUCCGUAUAUUGAGGAUUAUAUUGAAUUUCUACUUGAAGUAAAUUAUUGUAAUGAACUUAAUGAAGCAUCAUCUGAUCGCCCCGGUAUGGAACCGUAUUUUAUGUUUUUGGAUCAAAUCAAAACACAACUUUCUUCAUAA